AAUAGAAGCAGAGAAGCAGAAGGCUAAGAGUGAAACAAAGAUAAAAAACAAGAAUGGAAGUAGCACAGGUACUGCACAUGAAUGGAGGUAUUGGAGGAGCAAGCUAUGCAAACAACUCCUUAGUUCAGCAAAAGGUGAUUACUUUGACAAAGCCCAUAAUAGAGGAAGGCAUAACCACCCUCUUCUGCAGCACAUUCCCGAGAAGCUUGGCAAUUGCAGACUUGGGUUGCUCUUCUGGACCAAACACUUUCUUUGUGGUGUCAGAAAUUGUCAAGGCUGUUGAGAAGCUUUGCCAAGAGCUGAAACAUAAAUCUCCUGAAUACAAGGUCUUUAUGAAUGAUCUCCCAGGGAACGACUUCAACAACAUUUUCAAGUCCCUUGAAAAAUUCAAAGAGAAACUUCGUGUUGAAAUGGAAACUGGGGUUGGUCCAUGCUACGUCUCUGGGGUUCCCGGUUCUUUCUAUGGAAGGGUUUUUCCUACUCGAAGUUUGCAUUUUGUCCAUUCCUCUUACAGCCUUCAUUGGCUAUCUACGGUUCCCCAGGGUGUAGAGAAUAACAAGGGAAACAUUUACAUGGCCAGCACAAGCCCUUUAAAUGUCUUCAAAGCUUACUAUGAGCAAUUUCAAAGAGAUUUCACUCUUUUUCUAAAGUGUCGAGCUGAGGAACUAGUUGAAGGGGGUCGUAUGGUUCUAACAUUUUUGGGAAGAAGAAGCGACGAUCCAUCUACCAAGGAAUGUUGCUAUAUCUGGGAGCUUAUGGCUGCAGCUCUUAAUGCUAUGGUCUUGCAGGGAAAAAUAAAAGAAGAGCAACUAGAUACUUUCAACAUCCCUCACUAUAAUCCAUCCCCAUAUGAAGUGAAAUUGGAAGUUCUUAAAGAAGGAUCGUUCACCAUCAAUCGCCUAGAUGUGUCUGAAGUGAAUUGGAACCCUUUUUAUAACUGGAACGUUUUUGACUUUGAAUCUGAAAUAUCAGAAUCACUCAGUGAUGGUGGAUACAAUGUCGCACAGUUAAUGAGGGCUGUGGCUGAACCUCUGUUGGUUAGCCACUUUGGUGAAGCUAUCAUUGAUGAGGUUUUUAGCCGCUACCAAGAAAUCUUGACUGAUCGUAUGUCCAAGGAGAAAACAGAGUUCACCAACAUCACCAUAUCAUUGACUAGAAAAGCAUGACCAAGAAGCUUGCUUCUACUGUUUAUGUUUCUGGUUUCUUAAAAAGAUUGUCCUAGACUCCUACUUGUUAUGGCUGUUUGUUUGCUUUAUUUUUCUAGUAUUCAACUAGGAAAUGUUAUGUUGUCGAAAAAUAAAAUAGGAGUAUUGUGUCGUACCUUGGCUAGUAAUUAUAUGUGAUAUAUGUUCUCAAAUGUGUAAUAAAAUUAUUUAUGUGGGAAUUAUGAUAAUUAGUCUACUAUAAUUCUUAUA